AUGGCUUUCUCGGCGGCAUCCCAUCUCCCGUCCACAGACCUGACCGACGACUUCAAUCAUGCACUGCAAAAGCACAACGCCGCACCUACAUCAGGCAAAGCUGCUCUCGACGUCGACGUACUCGAAGGCUUUGUCAAAGAGGCAUAUCGCAUAAACUCGCACAUUACCAGCUUGCACAAGGAACUCAGGGAUGUCCGACAGGCAUACCUAUCGACAGCCCAGCCGCGGAGGACACCUGGCCGCACGGCUCAUGGCCCGCCCCAGGUUUUGACCGAUCGCGAGCGGGAAGACGUCGACGUCAAUGCGAAGCAAAUGAUUAGAGAGCUCAACGCGAGCAUCCGUGGCCUGGAAGACGCCGAGCAGCUUCGCCGAGAGACGGAAUCAGCCCUCAUUCGGAAAAAGUAUGCGAGCGGCUUUAGUGCCUUGAGUUCCUGGGCCUCGGGCGGCAGCAUCUCAAGCAGGUCGCCAGAACACGCAGCGGCGGAAGCCCAGGCCCAACAAACAGACAUGCACCGGGAUGGCAUACUGUGGUACUUGCGACAGAGGUUGGAGCUGUGCUGUCGCACGCAGCAGGACAUGAUGGAGACGAGGUUGACGAGAGAAGUGGAAAAGUCUCGCGGCAUGCUAUCCCCUCCGGUCGGAGAUUUCGCGCCCUUUCCGCCCGUGUCGAAACAGGCGUUUAUGGCGGCCGCCAUUUCUGAAGACCCGGCCUUGGCAGGCGAGACGGCCACUCAGGCGUCUGCACUCACCCAGGGCCUGACCGAGGAGCAGUUGCAAAUGUUUGAGGAAGGCAAUCAGGACAUGAUGCAGCACUACGAAAGCACGUUGGACAAGGUCAGAACUGCAGAAAAGUCGCUGGUCGAGAUUUCCGAGCUUCAGUCCCUUCUGGUCAACAAUCUAGAGAUCCAAUCCGAGCACAUUGAGCAGCUUGUCACGAACUCUUUAUCAACUGCGGAGAACAUUGGCGGAGGUAACAAGCAGCUGGAGAAGGCUACGAAACGUCCCAGCACGGCACGCUAUACCUUCUUUGCGGCCAGCGGGUUGUGUGCUUUCCUGGUGCUGUGGGACCUCAUCAUAUGA